AUGGAAUGUGCUGGAGUCCUUCUACCAGUUCACUUCACUUGUUUGCUUCUCCUCCGAAUUGAUGAUCUAAGAUGUUACUUUACGUGUGCAAAAGCCAAUCUAUUCUUUGCUUUGACAUUGUCCCCUAUACGCUAACCCUCGCCUCUAUAUUCUGUUUUGCAGUGGCCUGGACAGUUCCUCCUGCUUCCAGGUGUUGUCUCUGCUGAAGGCCCUGGCGCAUGGUGGCCGCACCGUCAUCUGCACCAUCCACCAGCCCAGCGCCAAGCUCUUUGAGCUCUUCAACAAGGUCAGCCUCCAACCGGGCCUACUGCUAGCCUGAGUCCCAGAUCUGUUUGUGUUGUCUUACCAACUCCUACGUCAUUGGCGUGACAACAUAAACAGAUCUGGGAUUCAGGCUAGCCAUCCUGCAUGGGAAUCUAUGAAAGGCACAAUGAUACCACAGGAUCACAGUUGGAAAUGAGAAACUGUAUGGAGCUAGCUAGACAUGUGGCGCAAUACUAAAUGAAUGGUCUGCUAAAUGAAUGUACUGUAUUCUGAUUGCUUCGUGCCCCUGUGUUUCCCUCCCUAGCUGUAUGUCCUUAGCCAGGGUCAGUGUAUCUACAGAGGGAAAGUGCCUAACCUGGUCCCCUACCUUAGAGAGCUGGGGCUCAACUGCCCAACGUAUCACAACCCUGCAGACUUUGGUGAGAAACUCUUACCAGUUUAAUGAGAAACAAGUCAAAUGUGUUGUCAUCAUUGUUAUAAUCACCUUAUUUACACAUGCAUAUCAGUGUAUUCAGGAAUCUGUCUUAUUUUCUUAGAAUAACUGUCCCAGAAAGUUAUUUUAACAUACUUUGGUAUAAAGCGUUCUAGAAACUAUUCUAUCUAUUAGUUCAACCGAAAAUGAAUUAUCUCAGAAUAACUUUAAAGAUGGUUCCUCAUGCAGUAUUCACUGGGGUUUCUGUGACAUGCGUACCUCUCUCUCCAUUUUAUCCCAGUGAUGGAGGUGGCGUCUGGGGAGUACGGAGAUCAGACGGCUCAUCUGGUGAAGGCCGUGCAGGAGGGGAAAUGUGAGCAGGUCUACAAGACAGACAUGAACGAUGGACCCCUCAACCCUUUCCUGUGGCACAAAUCUUCUGAGGAGGUAAAAGGGGGAUUAGUGUAUUACUACAGCUCUCAAUGGGUUGAAAUGAAGAAUCUCACUGAAGUGACAUUUUCAGAGUCAAAGCAUUUCAUUGAAAUGUUUCAGGAAAGAGCGGUUGAGAGGCAUUAGCACUUCAGGUUGUUCAGUCACGGUUUUUUCUUUCUCUCUCUCUUUCUCUCUCUCUCUCUCGCUCUCUCGCUCUCUCUCUCUCUCACUCUCUCUCUCUCUCAAAAUCCUCUCAGGACUCCUCUUCCGGUGAGGGCUGCCACAGUUUCUCUGCCAGUUGUCUGACUCAGUUCUGCAUCCUGUUCAAAAGGACGUUUCAAUGCAUCAUUAGAGAUACGGUAAGACAUACUGUCACCUACUGGUUUGUUUUUGUACUGCAACAGCUUCCAGCCCCCUUUAAAAUAACAAAAUGUUGCAUAAUGAACCCCAAACACUUUAAUAAAAUUGAAAAGCAUAUGAAAAGAAUAACAGAGGAAAAAACGAAAUUCAACAAAUUGUGAUGAGAACGUCAUAACACAAACAAAAAAUACAUCUAUUCAUACCAUACUCUCACAACCACUACAUUUUCCCUUCUCAUCUCCUCUUCUCCACCCUCCUCCUUCCUCUUCCUCUCAAUCAUAUUCAAUCAAAUUUAUUUUAUCUAGCCCUUUUUACAUCAGCAGUUGUCACAAAGGACUUUGCAGAUACCCAGCAUAAAACCCCAAAGAGCAAGCAAUGCAGAUGCAGAAACACAAUGGAUAGGAAAAUAUAUAAACAAAAUGUUUUUUCUCCUCCUGUUCUGGCCCUACAGGUGCUGACUCACCUAAGAAUCAUCUCUCACAUUGGGAUUGGGAUUCUGAUUGGCCUGCUCUACCUGGGCAUCGGCAACGACGCCAAGAAAGUGCUCAGCAACUCCGGCUUCCUCUUCUUCUCCAUGCUCUUCCUCAUGUUUGCUGCUCUCAUGCCUACUGUUCUGACGUGUGAGUAUUCUCAGCUCUUCUUACUGACAGACAUCUGCAUGCAUUGAUUUAGUGCAUGAAUUCACAACAGUCGUAAGCUAUUGCAUACAGUAUGUUAGGAGUAGACUGUGCUGAGAUUUAUCUUGGCGUUGUUUUCUGAUUACCUAAAUGAGAUUACUAUGACCCUGUUUUCUCCAUCUCUCUAAUGCAGUCCCUUUGGAGAUGGGAGUGUUCCUAAGAGAGCACUUGAACUACUGGUACAGCCUGAAGGCUUACUAUCUGGCCAAGACUAUGGCGGACCUCCCCUUCCAGGUAAUUACAAUGUCACAUAGAACUCUGGAGGGUCAUUUUUAGUAGUGUGUUGUGUCCCAGAAAAUCUGUAAGUUGGUAUUUCAUCAAAAUGCAAAAAAAUUAUAAAAACAUGUCGAUUCUAUCAUUCCCUGAAAAGAGCAACGGUAUUGUAACUGAAGAAACCUGUUAUGGGGCUUUAGCAUCAAGGUCAAAAAGCCAUUCUGUUUGUCAGAUUUAGACAAAUCCCACAAUAACAUUACAUAAGGAGGCUUUACGCUUCACCAGACAUCCCCUUGUGCUCUAAAUUAAAACUGACAGAAAGGUUUACUGCAUGUUUUCAAUUAUUGUAUUGAAUUACUCACAUCUAAUUAGGCUUUUUUCAACAAUUCAAAAUUAUUAUUUCAAAGCGCAUACAGCUCGACUUUGAUUUUCCACAUGAAUAAAAGUGUUUUAGUUUGAUGUUUCAAUGAUACUCAAUGUGUUUUCCACGGUGAGGUACUGUUGGCUGAACAUGAGGAAUAUGAGGUGGCCGUAUCACAAUCCUUGAUAACAACAGCUUCUCAUGCUGUUGUGCCCUUCAGCAAGGGACUUAACCCCCUACACGACCCUUGGGGUGCUGCACUGACACUGACCUUCCAAUCUGUCAAUGUGUGGUUGGGCGUGUGUGCAACUGUGCGUGCGUUGGGGGUCGAGAGAAAAAAGCUGACAGGACAAUUUCUGUGUCCACAAAUUAACAAUCAACUAUUUUUCUUAUUUUGCUUCACAGAUAGUGUUCCCAGUCGCCUACUGCAGCAUCGUCUAUUGGAUGACGUCCCAGCCGCCUGACGCUGUGCGUUUCAUCCUUUUCUUGGCCCUGGGAGUCCUCACCUCUCUUGUGGCCCAGUCUCUGGGCCUGCUGAUAGGAGCGGCUUCCACCUCGCUACAGGUACGUCCUCCAUUCUCUCAAUACUAACACACGAUAACAACUGCUACGCCUGUUGUUUGCAGCUUGAGAUUUGUAAAUGAAACUCUAUUGUGACCAUUCAGGCUGAGGAUUGAUAUUAUUAGCAAAUUCUGUCUGUGUAUUGAUAUUAUUUGCUCAUAAAAAAUAUAGUUUGUCCUUGGGGCUGGUCUAAGCGUGGGGCUGGUCUAAGCAUGGGGCUGGUCUAAGCAUGGGGCUGGUCUAAGCAUGGGGCUGGUCUAAGCGUGGGGCUGGUCUAAGCGUGGGGCUGGUCUAAGCGUAGUGCCGCCCCCGUACCACAUACUGUAUGCCCCUGGAGGCAGUGUUUCGAUCCCCUGUUCCACCACUCACUCUCUCUGCUGUAUCCCUCUCACCUGUCCCCCCAUCUACAUUUCUGAUUUGUAUCUGUAAAUACAACUUUUUAAAAUUAAUUAAACAAAUAUUUAUAUAUUUUAAACUAUAUUUCCUGGCACAAUCACACCAACCACAUUGUAUUUACACAGUACCAACCUAUAGUAUAUGCAUAUAAUUAUAUGUUUCUCAGAGUGGUACCCAAUUUUAUUCUAAGCAGAUGAUUAAAUGCAGUAUGUACAUGUAACAUGGUUAAGUGAGUCAUGUCCUACCUCUGAUUUUGCGCUUGUCCAUAUCUCAGGUUGCCACGUUUGUAGGUCCGGUGACUGCCAUACCCGUACUGCUUUUCUCUGGCUUCUUUGUCAGUUUUGACACAAUUCCGUGGUAUCUUCAGUGGAUGUCAUACAUUUCAUAUGUC